AUGGCGCACCCAGUUGGAAAGUUCCGGAAAACCAUCGCACAAAUGGCUGGCUUUCAGACAGAGAUGUUGCGCAUUGCGGCUCUCCUCUGGACGCUGGUCUCUGGGGUACCCCAGCAGGACAGCACAGGCUUGCUCCAGUUCAAGGCCAGCUCCUCAGCUGAGCAGGUCCUCUGCGAUUCCUGCGAGGCAGCAGAUCUGCAAAACCCUGCGGAUUUCGAUCAGUGCAACUUCUGGGGCGAUCCACACUAUACGGAAACCUGGGGUGGCCUUGGCCGCUUCGACUACCAAGGGCUGGGCGUGCAUUGGGUCGUAAACAACAACGAGACUUGCGACAGCUUCCGCAUGCAGGCCUUCCACUGCCAGUACCGAACAUCCCGCAACGCAGUGGUUCUGGGCUUCGUCAUCGAAGUGAACGGCUCCGUCUCCGGCACGGUCUUUGUCAACGACACCUUCGUGGAAGUAAGUGCUGGCUUGGAAAAUCUGGUAUCGCCCAUAGGUGAAAUCUCCACCCAACAGCUGCAGAACGGCGGAAUCAAUGUGCAGACCGGCGAUCGCUGCAACUUCGUCAACAUCAACGGGAAGCCCAUCAACUUCAAGCCCGGCUACCUGCUCAAUGCCAAGGUGAGAGCACGCGUGGGCGUGACGCAGAAUGCCGGCGUCUGUGGUUCCCCACAACUGUUCCCUACUUUCGUGAGCGACAACAGCAGCUUCCUCUUCACGAGCGGGCAGAUCGAGCAGCUUUGUGAACAGUGCAGCAGUUUUGGUGGCUUAAUCUCGCCCGGUUGUCCUGGUUUCGUGCCACCGCAACCACCGACAAUCUCCAACGACCUGACCGAGGAAUGCGAGUGGGCAGCUGAUCCCAUCGAAGCGCAGAAUGCUGGCUCGGGGCCCGACAUCAUUCAGUUCUGUGGGCCGGACACACCCAUUGCGGCCAACUUCUCCUUUCCCGGACCCAACCAAUGCAUCUUCAAAGUCAGCGGCGGCCGUGGAAACAGCUGCGAUGACAUUUGCGGACUCCUUGGCACCACCUGCAGCAACAUGCCCGGCCGCGUCGAUUCAACCGGUAAUACAGUCUGUGUGGCAGGCGACAAUGAUGGUCCCGGACUUUGCAACAACACAAACGGAAACCUCAAUACAUUCUCUUGUGUCUGCGACAUUCCGGAUAUUCCCUUUCCGGGCGAUGACAUCAACGACGCGGAGGAGGUCGCAAACAACGAUCCGAACAUCUCCUUCCAGGAAGCUAUCGACAAUUGUACGGUCGGGUGUUUGGCGAAUUUGACGUUUGACAUCAACAUACCUCCGCAAACGGAGCUUGAGUACUUGCUUCGAGGCUGCAUCAUCGAUUGGGUUUAUGCAGAGAAUGAAGACAGAGCAGACAUCGUCGACAACACGCAGGAGCAAUGUCCGGGCCUGGCAUUAACAGAAACAUGUGCCGAGUUCACUUGCAACGGUACCGGGCUGAUCCCUGACCCAGCCAAGCAGGAUGAGCAUGAGGAGGAUGGCAACUUCAAGCAGAUGUACAGCUGCAAGGGCGAAGCUGGCUGUGAGGAGGCGAAGUUCAGAGCAAGACGCGGUGCUCAAGUCAAGGAGGUGCUCGUGGUCCAGGACUGGUGCCGAGUGAACAGGGACUACCUGGGAGAGGAAGGGAUCAAGCAGCUGGAUAUGUUCGGACCUGCCGAUCAAUGGCGGAUUAUCUCAGAGGGCCCUGCAGCCGAAAACAUGGAUUCGGUGCACAUUAUCCAGUCCCGGGCCAAGAGGAGCCGCGAGAUGGCGAAUACUGUUGCAACGAUGUUCGCGCAGCGAAGGGAGCUGGCGAACAAGACAGCCCAAGAGACCAUUGUUGCCAAGGCCGCAGCCAAGCCGCUCUUCAACCCGACCAUGGCCGACACCGUGCAGGCCUUCUUCACGAGAGUCGUCGGCUGCGAGGUUCCUGAGAGCCAGCGCAGAUGUGGUGGCUCGGCGGUGCAACACGAGCUCGAAGAAGAUCGGUCCAAGCUCGUCGGAAAAGUCAAAGGUGUGGACGGAGUGGUUGAGAUUCUCAAACCCAAGUACGAGUGCAGAAGGGGAGAUCGAUACCGCGUGAUCGGUGAUCACGGCGGCCCUGCGGGGAUGUGGCGUUUGGAAGGUGGAAAGACUGUCCCAAAGACGCAUGUAAAAGAAGGAGGCUGGAAAUGGGUGCUCGAGGAGCCUGAGCCGGAAGCAAAAGCCGCAAAGCCCAUUCCGGUGCAGACCACCCCUGUGGCGACCUUUACGCCGAAGGAGCACAAGAAGCUGCAAGAGGAAAACAAGCAGCAGUCGGAUGAGGAGUCCUCCGCCGAAGCCGAAGAGA